AUGCCGAGACCGACCCCAUCACCUCCUCAUAUUUACAUCUUCUUCCUCUCGUACAUCCCCUGUCUCGUCUUCCUGUGCUUCCUCUCCAUUGUUGCAGAGUCUCAAAUCCAAGAUCAAGAACAGAAAGUCCUGUUGAAGCUGAGGCAAUCCUGGCAAGACCCAUCUUCCCUCAACCACUGGGUCACCUCCAAUUCAUCCUCCCACUGCACAUGGCCUGAGAUCACAUGCCAAGAAGGCUCGAUAACUGAGCUCAAUCUUGUCAACCUGAACAUAAAUUAUUCGAUCCCCCCAUUCAUCUGCGACCUCAAGAAUCUAACCAAGCUCGACAUCUCCUACAACAACAUUCCUGGAGGGUUUCCCACUGUUCUCUACAACUGUUCCAAGCUCGUGUACCUCGACCUGUCCCAGAAUUACUUCGAAGGUCCUAUUCCAUCCGACAUCGACCGGAUGGCCAAUCUUCAGGUCCUGAUUCUUGCCGCCAACAGCUUCUCAUUCGAUGUCCCAGCAUCGAUUUCAAGGCUGCGGAGGCUGAGGAUCCUUCACCUUUACCAGUCCGAGUACGAUGGCACUUACCCUGAAGAGAUUUUUGGCCUGUCUGAUCUCGAAGAACUGAGGCUCGAGUACAACGACAAGUUUGUGCCAUCGCAGCUACCGCAGAACUUCACUGCCCUGAAGAAGCUACGGUUCUUCUCGAUGGCACAAACAAACCUGAUUGGGGGAAUCCCAGAGACUAUUGGGAAUAUGGAGGCUCUUGAGCACUUGGAUUUGGGGAGGAAUCUGCUGACGGGAGAGAUCCCGGGCAGCAUUUUUACUCUGAGGAACUUGAGCAAGUUGUACGUGUACACAACCAACGUGUCCGGGUUGAUCCCUCAGUCAGUGAGCGCCGCGAACCUGAGCGUGAUUGAUCUGUCUUUUAAUAACUUGACAGGGAACAUACCUGAAGAUUUUGGGAAGCUCGAGAAUCUAUCCAUCUUGAGUUUGCAGUUCAAUCAAUUAUCUGGUGGAAUCCCGGAAGGCAUUGGGCGUCUUCCCGCUUUGUCUGAUGUCAGGCUUUCCAACAACAAUCUAUCAGGCAUGAUCCCCCCGGACUUCGGCAAGUUUUCCCCACUCAGAAGAUUCGAAGUGGCCUUCAACAGCUUGACUAGCGCGUUGCCUGAACAACUGUGCCAUGGCAGCACGAUGUUCGGGUUGGCUGUCAUGGACAACAAUCUCAGCGGGGAGUUGCCCGAGUCACUUGGAAAUUGCAGUACUUUGUCCAUCGUGAUGUUGAACAACAAUGGAUUCACCGGCAAUGUGCCUGGAGGACUCUGGAUGUCCCGGAACUUGACGGUUUUGAUCUUGAGUGGUAAUGGAUUAACUGGCGAGCUUCCUGAGGAGCUGUCCCCAAACCUCACUCGGAUCGAAAUGAGCAACAACAAAUUCUUCGGGAAGAUUCCGAGCAUGGUGUCUUCGUGGAGGAACUUGGUGGUGUUUGAUGCCACUAAUAACCUCCUCAGUGGCACGGUUCCGACUGAAUUGACCGAGCUUCCUAAGCUGACGAGGCUUUUGCUCGGUCAGAAUGAGCUCUCUGGAAACCUUCCUACAGCUAUUGUUUCGUGGAACUCCUUGAGCACUCUGAAUCUUAGUCACAAUCAAUUGUCAGGACCGAUUCCUAGCAAAAUCGGUCUUCUACCAGUACUCACGCAGUUGGACCUGUCCGAAAACCAACUGUCCGGCUUGAUUCCUCCUGAAAUCGGCCAGCUGAAUCUGAACCGUCUCAAUUUAUCCUCCAAUCGCCUCAGUGGACGAAUCCCAAAUGAGUUAGAGAACGCUGUGUACAGUGCCAGUUUCCUGGACAACCUGGGCCUCUGUGCAGCCAAUUCAUUCAUGAGGCUCAAUGUCUGCAAUUCUCAAUCCCGUAGAUGGAGCAAAAGCUCACCGACCAGACUUGCCUUGAUUGUGCUCUUGGCCGUCGCUGUGGCAAUACUCGUUUUGAUGGUGGCGAUAUUCACAAUCAGAGCUUUCCAAAAGAAGAGAGAUGGGUUUGAUUCAACUCCGAAGCAGACUCCAUUCCGAAGUUCGAAUUUUUCAGAAUCGAAUGUUCUGUCGGGAUUAAAGGAGCAUAAUGUGAUCAGAAGUUGCGGGUCAGGGACAGUGCACAAUAUUAUCGAGAAUCGUUCUGGUGACGCCGUUGUGGUAAAAAGGAUUUCCAAUUAG